AUGGAACGAAUUAAUGAUACUUUGUUAACUUACCAUAAGGAAGCACCAACAUUGCGGUAUAUAUCUUUAAUUAAAAGAUGUAAAGUUGCUAAAUCAUUAUUGCAAGUAGAAAGUAAUAUUUUCAUGUAUAAAAUUAUGAGAGAAGAAGAAGUUCCUGUUAAUGCCUACAUAAAAAAGAUAUUCAGAUUUGACUGGAACAAAGAAUUCUUUAUUCCUCUUGGAUUCUGA